AUGAGGGGCCCAUUUACCAGCGCCCUCAUCGUGUCGGCCCUUUUUGGCACCUGCUCGGUGUUGGCGCUUCCGGUUACCCCGGAGCCUCCGGUUGCGGAACCAGAAAAAGUUCCCGAGCUACCCGGACGCCCGGCGUACAUGUUCCCGAUCCUCGAUGGCCUUGCCCAGCCUCACCUUCAGAUCAACCAAACCGUUGAAGUUGCACAUAUCGUCGAGGCGGCGAACAUUUCAAAGUCAGAAUCACCACGUCAACCCGAUGUGAACCUCCACCACCACCGCGAGCGCCAAUCUUGGUCGACUGAAGAAUCGAACUCGGGGUCUGGAUCGUUCGAGACACGGCAUUUUUCAACAAGCUCAACUGAGGAGCCGCUGCCUACGGAUCGUCGCAGGAGCCCGAGGUCUGCAUCUGAAGACGGGACUACUGAGGCUCCGGAGGGAGAUGAGGGUACGACGGAUGGGACUACAGAUGAAGAUGAGGCUACUACGGACGCUACAACUGAUGAAGAUGAAGCUACCACCGAUGCGACAACAGAUGAGGAUGAAGCUACGACUGAUGCGACCACAGAUGAUGAAGAGGAUGUUACUACGGAUGCUAUGACUGAUGAGGAUGAUGUGAAAACCGAUGCUACGACAGAUGAAGAUGAGGCGACAACUGAGGCUACGUCUGAUACAACUGACGAUGGAGAAACCACCACGGAUGCCGUCACCUCAAGCGAUGAAGCCACGACCGAUGCGACAACUUCUGAUGACGAUGACGAGACCACGGAUGAUGCAGAAGCCACAACUGUUGCGGCUACAGCUGAGGAUGAGGAAGCCACGACCGAGCCAGCAGCUGCUGAUGAGGAGACUGACGCUCCAGAAACCCUGAACAGACGCCGUCGCAACUUCAACUUGACCGAGAUCCCAACUGACCGUCGCCGCUCCGACUCGGAGGAAAGCGCAACCGAGGAGCCGAUUGUUUUCCGUCCCUGCUUCCCCGAGGACGAGGACCCGGAAUGCGGACGGCCGAUGCCAAUCAAGACACUGAACGUUGUCAUCAUCGACAAGAUCGGCAGCUUCCCUCCCCUGUCAACCGAGGAGGCAAACAUCACUGGGGCGCCGGAAUCCAAACCCAUUGAGCAGCCCGCUGAGGUGGAACGUCUCGGAAACACCACCACCCAGCAACCAACCACGACCACCACCGGGCCGUGGUGGUUCUUCUGGCCGUUCAAU